AUGUAUUUGACACUGAUAGCAGCAAAGACUACUCACUGUUUUUUCAUUACUUUCAUAUUAUUUCUUUCAAUCUUUAUUGAUAAAAUUUCGACAUCAGCAGGUUAUUGCUACCAAUGCAAUUCAAGAAAUCCAUCAUGUCGUAUUGAUGUUAAUACUACAAUUAGAAUCGAUGCAACACCAUGUAAUGGGCAAUGUUAUACACGUAUAAAUCGUGAUGAUAAAAAUACUAUUUAUCGAGGUUGCUCAUGGGAGCAUGGUUUCAUGAAUCACCAAGAACCGAAUACACUUGUUAUAGAAAAAAAUUCUGUUUGGAUUUUUUGUGAUACACCUUAUUGCAAUGUUGAAGCAACGGCUCUAUUAAAUACUGUUUGUUUUCAACCGGUUUGUAGUUUUCUUAUUUUUCCUCAAGAUUGCCGAUUGCCUAAUGCUGAUAUAACAUGCGGACGAUUUUGUGGUAAUAUAUUAUGUGGUUCACGUCCAAUUCGUCUUCAUAAUCGUAAUCGCAACCGUUAUCAAAAUCGUAAUCGUAUUCGCAUUCGUAAUAGAAAACCCAAUCGACGAGUUUAA